AUGGGCCGCCGGGGCGCCCUGGCCCUCGCCGUGGCCGCGGCCCUGCUGUGCCAGGUCUGGAGCUCGGGGGUGUUCGAGCUGAAGCUGCAGGAGUUCGUCACCCGGAAGGGGCCGCCGGGCGACCGCAGCUGCUGCCGCGGGGCCACGGGGCCACCGUGCGCCUGCAGGACCUUCUUCCGCGUGUGCCUCAAGCACUACCAGGCCAGCGUGUCGCCUGAGCCGCCCUGCACCUACGGCAGCGCCGUCACGCCCGUUCUGGGCGUCGGCUCCUUCAGCCUCCCCGACGGCGCGAGCGCCCACCCCGCCUUCAGCAAUCCCAUCCGCUUCCCGCUGGGCUUCACCUGGCCGGGCACCUUCUCUCUGAUCAUCGAAGCUCUGCACACAGAUUCUCCCGACGACCUCGCCACAGAAAACCCCGAGCGGCUCAUCAGCCGGCUGGCCACACAGAGGCACCUGACGGUGGGUGAGGAGUGGUCCCAGGACCUGCACAGCAGCGGCCGCGCUGACCUCAAGUACUCCUACCGCUUCGUGUGCGACGAGCACUACUACGGGGAGGGCUGCUCCGUCUUCUGCCGGCCCCGGGAUGACGCCUUCGGACACUUCACCUGCGGGGAGCGGGGGGAGAAGGUGUGCAACCCCGGCUGGAGGGGUCAGUACUGCACCGAAGCAAUCUGCCUGCCCGGAUGCGAUGAGCAGCAUGGGUUUUGUGACAAGCCAGGGGAAUGCAAGUGCCGAGUGGGCUGGCAGGGCCGCUACUGUGACCAGUGCAUUCGGUACCCGGGCUGUCUCCAUGGCACCUGCCAGCAGCCCUGGCAGUGCACCUGCCAGGAGGGCUGGGGGGGCCUCUUCUGCAACCAGGACCUCAACUACUGCACGCACCACAGGCCCUGCAGGAACGGGGCUUCCUGCACCAACACGGGCCAGGGCAGCUACACCUGCUCCUGCCGGCCCGGGUUCACCGGGGCCACCUGUGAGGACGAGGUGGACGAGUGCGGCCCCAGCCCCUGCAGGAACGGGGGCAGCUGCACGGACCUCGAGAAUGGCUUCUCCUGCACCUGUGCGCCCGGCUUCUACGGCAGCGUCUGCGAGCUGAGCGCCAUGGCCUGCGCAGACGGGCCUUGCUUCAACGGGGGGCGCUGCUCAGACAACCCUGAGGGAGGCUACACCUGCCGCUGCCCCGCAGGCUUCUCCGGCUUCAACUGCGAGAAGAAGGUGGACGCCUGUAGCUCCUCGCCCUGCGCCAACGGUGCGCAAUGCGUGGACCUGGGCGACGCCUACAUGUGCCGCUGCCAGGCCGGCUUCUCGGGGCGGCACUGCCAGGACAACGUGGACGAUUGUGCCUCCUCCCCAUGUGCCCACGGCGGCACCUGCCGGGAUGGCGUGAACGAGUUCUCUUGCACCUGCCCGCCCGGCUACGGCGGCAGGAACUGCAGCACACCCGUCAGCCGGUGCGAGCACGCGCCCUGCCACAACGGCGCCACCUGCCACGAGAGGGCCCGCCGCUACCUAUGCGAGUGCGCCCGGGGCUACGGGGGCCCCAACUGCCAGUUCCUGCUCCCCGAGCCGCCCCCAGCCCCCGUGGUGGACCCGGAUGGGCCCUUCCCCUGGGUGGCCGUCUGCGCGGGCGCGGUCUUGGUGCUCGUGCUGCUGCUGGGCUGUGCCGCUGCAGGGGUCUGUGUGCGGCUGAGGCUGCAGAAGGGCCCGCCCCCCGCCGACCCCUGCCACGGGGAGACGGAGACCAUGAACAAUCUGGCCAGCUGCCAGCGGGAGAAGGAUGUGUCUGUCAGCGUCAUCGGGGCCACGCAGAUCAAGAACACCAACAAGAAGGUGGACUUCCACGGGGACCAUGGCAGCGACAAGAACGGCCCCAAGGCCCGCUACCCCGGGGUGGACUAUAAUCUGGUGCCCGAGCCCAAGGGCGAGGACGCCAUCUCCAGGGACCCUCACAGCAAGCACGAUGCCAAGUGCCAGCUGCAGGGCUCUCCCAGGGAGGAGAAGGGCGCCCCGACACUCAGGGGGGAAGCAACUGACAGGAAAAGGCGGGACUCGGUGUACUCCACGUCGAAAGACACCAAGUACCAGUCGGUGUUCGUCAUCUCAGAGAAGGACGAGUGUGUCAUAGCCACUGAGGUAUAA